UAAAUAAUUGAAAAUCGAUCGAUCGACCGAUGUGAUGCGAACUACUAAAUAAUAGCCUAUGGAAUACUAUAUCUAUAUGUAAUAUGGCAUCCAAAUAUGAGCGCAUUAUCAGCGACUGCAGAGCGAGGAAUAUAUUGUGGGAAGACGCUGAUUUCCCAGCAAUACAAUCAUCGGUAUUCUACUAUCAAACGCCCCCAUUCACAUUCCAGUGGAAGCGCAUCGCCGAGCUGAACAAUGCCCAGGCCUCGUUUCUCAACGAGAAUGCGGAGUUCGAUGUGGUGCCUGGCAAGAUGGGUGAUCGCUGGCUCGUCUCCUGCCUGGGCGUGCUCUAUUCGCUGAGGAAUCUGUUUUAUCGCGUUGUGCCCGCCGACCAGAGUCUGGACAAAGCGAUGGGCAUCUAUCGCUUUCGCCUGUGGUGGUGCGGCGAGUGGGUGGAGGUGCUCGUCGACGAUCGCCUGCCCACGAUCAAUGGACGACUUGCGUUUAUGCAGCCGCAAUCGUCGAACUGCUUCUGGGCAUCGCUGCUGGAGAAAGCCAUUGCCAAACUGCACGGCUCCUAUGAGGCGCUCAAGUACGGCACACGCUCCGAUGGCCUGACCGAUCUGCUGGGCGGUGUGGUCAAGUGCAUGCCCAUCGUAGCGGAUACCAUAAGGCCACAGACCCUGAAGGAUCACCUGGCCACCACUUGCAUUGUCACCUGCAUUGCGGUGAAGAAUGCCGCCGUACAAAAGAAGAACACGGCGGAGAGGCUCUCCAAUGGCAUCCUGCUGAAUGUCAACUACAGACUCUCCUGCUUGGACAAGGUGGAGACGGUCAUGGGCGAUUCGGUGCAAUUGGUGCGCAUCAAGGACACAUUCUCAUCAAAGCCCUUCGGCGACAAGACCAAUUUCAUUGGGGACUGGUCGCCCACGUCGAAGACCUGGGAGCGCGUCUCGUCCACGGAACGCGGUCGUCUAUUGGCCCAACUGGAGCUGGGCGAGUUUUGGAUCUCGUUUUAUGAUUUCGUGCACACGUUUACAUCGCUGGAAAUCGUUUACUUGGACUCGGAUACGGCGAAUGGGGAGCAGAUGCUGAAGGGGCGGCCGCUCCACUGGAAAAUGAAGAUGUACCAGGGACAGUGGAAGCGCGGCGUGACUGCCGGCGGCUGUCGCAACCACGAAUCCUUUCACAUCAAUCCACAGCUGCUGGUCUCCAUACAGGAGAAGCAGGACAUUGUCAUAGCGCUCAAUCAGCACACGGCCGUGGAGCCGAAAGUGAUUGGCUUCACCAUGUACAUGUGGAAUCGGGACUACAGCCUGAACGAGUGCCUGCAGAAGGACUUCUUCAAGAACCAGGUGAGCUUCCUCAACUCGGACUAUGGCAACACACGGCACGUCAGCUACCACACGCAGCUGGACAUUGGGCACUAUGUGCUGAUGCCCACCACCUAUGAGCCGGCCGAGGAGGCGCAGUUCACGGUGCGCAUAUUGGGCACAUCGUCGUUUCGGCUGUCGUGCCUGGAGACGCAGACGAUGAUCCUGCUGGAUCCGUUUCCGGCGCUCAAGACCGACGACAAUGUGCAGAAAAUCAAAAGCAUCUGCCAGUACGAGCCGGUCUAUAUGCAGCUGGCGGACGAGAACAAGACCAUCAACUGCUUCGAGCUCCACGAGCUGCUGGAGGCCUGCCUGCCCAAUGACUACAUCAAGGGGUGCGCCAACAUCGACAUCUGCCGCAAGGUGAUCGCCCUGCAGGACAAGACGGGCAGCGGCCGCAUCACAUUCCAGCAGUUCAAGACCUUCAUGGUCAAUCUGAAGUCCUGGCAGGGCGUCUUCAAAAUCUACACAAAAGAGAAAGCGGGAAUUCUGCGCGCGGAACGGCUACGCGAUGCCCUCUACGACAUUGGCUUCCAGCUGAGCACCGACAUCAUGAACUGUCUCAUUCAGCGCUACAUACGCAAGGAUGGCACCCUGCGCCUGAGCGACUUCGUCUCGGCGGUCAUCCAGCUGACGACGGCCUUCAAUCAGUUCCACUCGAAGAACUACAACCAGGUGAAUGUGAUUGAGGUGCAUCUGCACGAUUGGAUCAAGGGCAUAUUGAGCUGCUAAGGCAAAUGCAAUAAAUUGUUUUUUAUUUU